AUGGCGGGCGAAUUCACUCCCCUCGACGUUGAGGCAUUGAUCAAGGAACUUACCUGGGACGAGAAGAUCAACUUGCUUGCUGGUCAGGGAUCGUUCCGAACGACCGGUCUUCCUCACCGUCAAAUCCCGGAUCUUGUUACUUCGGACGGUCCUCACGGCAUCCGAGGGCGUCGUUCAUUCGCUCGCAACCCGAGUCCCAUGCUACCUUCGGCCACUGGUAUGGGCGCAACCUUCAACGCCGAGUUAUUGCACAAGGUUGGCAAUCUCCUUGGAGAGGAAGCAAGAGCCAGAGGAGUGCAUGUCUUGCUGGCGCCUACCAUCUGCCUUCAGCGCUCGCCAUUAUUUGGGCGAGGAUUCGAGGCUUUUGCCGAAGACCCCUUUCUGAGCGGCAUCCUCGGCGCGGCGUACAUCAAUGGCGUACAAGAGCGGGGCGUAGCAACCAGCGUCAAACAUUAUGCCGCUCACGACCAGUCGGACAACUCCAUUGAAGACAAUGUCUGCAUGACGCAGCGGACCUUGAGGGAGAUCCAUCUGAUGCCAUUUCAACUCGUCAUGCGCGACUCGGACCCAUGGACCUUUAUGACAUCGUACAACAAGAUCAACGGGAUCCACGUGAGUGAGGACCCGUGGCUUCUGAAACAAGUCCUGCGAGACGAAUGGGGCUUCAAGGGGCUCGUCAUGAGCGACUGGUUCGGCACCUACAGCACCUCUGAAGCCAUCAAUGCCGGGCUGGACCUGGAGAUGCCUGGGCCGACGCAGUGGAGAGGCAAGUGCCUGAGUCUAGCUGUCAACAGUCGCAAGGUUCCGCGCACGACGAUUGACGAAGCCGUGAGGAAUGUUCUCAAUCUGGUGAAUAAGGUCAAGGAUACGAAACCAGCUGGCUAUUUUGCGGCGUCAAACACCCCUGAGCAGCGCGCCCUGAUUCGCCAGCUGGUGGGUGAAAGCAUCGUCUUGCUCAAGAAUGAUGGCAAGGUGCUUCCUAUUCAACAAUCAAAAGGGAAGAAAAUUGGAUUGAUCGGCGACCACGUCAAGAACCCUGCCUUGAGCGGUGGCGGCAGUGCAGAAGUUGAGCCAUACUACUCCGUGACACCGUAUGAUGCCAUAAUCGAGGCAGUCGGAAAGGAAAACGUGUCAUAUGCACUUGGUUGCCAUUCUUUCAGAUUUAGCCCACUGUUGAAGAAUCUGGCGCCCCGGCAAUCACAGCACCAAGGCUUCGGGUGGUCGGUUGAGAUCUUUGAAGAGAACCCGGACGAUAACCCCCAUGUGCAAGUUCUUGUAACGGCCCACGCCCAGAAAGAGCUCAUCGAUGUGCCAGAGAGUUUCCACGCGUCGCUUCCGGAGAAAUUCUACGUCAGAGCCCGAGCGACUUACACUCCUUCCACCACAGGACCCUUUAGAUUCGGCUUCAGCACAUCAGGUAAGGGCAAGCUAAGGGUUGAUGGCCAGGAAGUCAUUGACCUAUGGAACGACCAGCCUCCAAAGACGGGGCCUACGCCAUGCUUCAACAGGCUUUCCAUGGAGAAGUUCUGCGAUACGAAUGUGGUUGAAGGCCAGACCCUCAACCUCGAAGUUGUUCAAGUAAACGAAGAUCUUUCUGGGGGCGUCGGUACCGCCUUGACGCUCGCAGGGCGCGUUGGUGGAUUCGAAAUCAUUGACGAGGAUGUUGCCAUCGAAGAAGCCGCGGAUUUAGCCAAGAGCGUGGACAUUCCCAUUGUGGUGACUGGAUUAUCAUCGGAUUUCGAGUACGAAGGGGCCGACCGCAAGCACCUCAGACUUCCAGGCCGUGUCGAUGAUUUGAUUGAAGCUGUGCUUCAAGCCAAUCCAAACGCUGUCAUCAUCACGCAGUCCGGCUGCCCUAUCGAAAUGCCAUGGGAGUCGAAAACAGCUACCUUGGUCCACGCUUGGUUCGGCGGCCAGGAGACAGGCCACGGCCUCGCAGACGUUCUCUUUGGCAAAGCCAAUCCCUCUGGCCGUCUUUCGCAGACGUUCCCGGUGUCCAUUAAGCACACCCCGGCAUAUCUCUCAUUUUCAAAGUCCGAUUACGAUAUUGUGUACGGCGAGGGUGUCUUCAUCGGCCACCGCUACUACGAAUCAGUUGACAGAUCUCCGCUCUUUUACUUUGGCCAAGGUCUCUCCUACUCGACGUUCAAGUACGCAAACCUCCAGGUGCCGAAGACGUUCGAGCCGACGGCAGACUACAAGAUGAAGGUCUUUGUUGAUGUGACGAACACUGGGCCCUAUGACGGAGCAGAGGUUGUCCAAGUCUAUGUCCACGACCCGGAGAGUACUCUGUUAAGACCAGUCCGAGAGCUGAAGGCGUUUACCAAACCUUUCCUGGCUGUGAAUGAGACAAGGACUGUGGAAGUAGUCCUCGACAAGUACUCGCUUUCGUACUGGUCGCAGGAAAGAUCCAAGUGGAUUGCAGAAGCUGGUGAGUAUGUUCUCAUCGUUGCAGCGAGCUCCAAGCCACAGGACGAAAUUCUACGGGCCUCUUUCAACCUGCCCAAGACAUUCUUCUGGGAGGGUGUCUGA